AUGCUUCAAGAGUACUUGAGAAAUCAAGAUGAGAGUACAAAGAAGAUGGAGAGAAGAAUCGAUUUCAUCCAUGAGAGCCUUGGAAACAAAUCUGAAGUCCUAUUCAAGCAAGUGAUCAAGCUUGAUGAAGACAUUAAGAAGUUAAGAGAGGAUCAUGAUCGAUCUUUGAACCCUAAGAGAGAGGAGCCAACACCCAACCACCCUCCCUUUUAUUGCAAUGCCAUCACAAGAAGAAGCACUACUCAAGUCCAUGAGGACAAUGAAGAAGAAGAAAGAGAGUAUGAGGAACAAUUGAAUGAUGAAGAUGAAGAGCAGAGCAUCGACAUCAAUGCUUCCCCAAAACAGAGCAUGGAUACACCAAGCCCUAGAGACCCUCGUUUCUCACCAAGAAGUCAAGCUUCUACACUUCCAAGAUUGGAAGCAAUGCAAAGACCAUCACCACCUACUGAAGAAGAAGAUACUUGGCAGUAUGAUCCCAUUGAUCCCAACAAGAUAAGCCCCAUGAAGCUUAAAGAGUUCAAUGCUAAGGUGAAAUCACUUCCAUUCUAUGUCACUUUUGAAGAAGCUUGGGAUAAGCAUGGUCUAGUGGAGUUCUUUUUCACAACUAGUGAAAACAAAGAAGAGAUACACCAACUUUUCAGGAAGGCUCGAUUUCCCCUUGCCCCUCAUGCAGUCAAUCAACCACCAUCACCACCAUCAUCACCACCACCUCAGUGGUAUGUCAAUUCCAUAUCAAGAGAGAAGCUUGCUGAGUUCAAUCAGUUUGUCCAAACUCUUCCAGCCAGCAUGUCUUUCAAACAAGCUUGGCGCCACUACCCAUUCACCACCUUCUUCCACAACUGCAAGGAGACACCUGAGGACAUAAAGAGCUUUUUGAGAAAGCUAAAGUUCAGCCUACCUUCAAGACCCUCUACAAGAUUGAAGACCCAGGUCAAUUCUCUAUUCCCUGUCAAGUAA